GCCAUGCAGCGCAGGAAGGUGGACAACCGCCUCCGUGUGCUCAUCGAGAAUGGCGUGGCCGAGCGGCAGCGGUCCCUCUUCGUCGUGGUCGGCGACCGCGGCAAAGACCAGGUGGUAAUACUUCACCACAUGUUGUCUAAAGCAACUGUCAAGGCCAGGCCUUCUGUCCUAUGGUGUUACAAAAAGGAGCUGGGCUUUUCCAGCCACCGAAAGAAGAGAAUGAGACAGCUCCAAAAGAAAAUUAAAAGCGGGACUUUAAACGUAAAAGACGAUGAUCCUUUUGAGUUAUUUAUAGCGGCCACAAACAUUCGCUACUGCUAUUAUAAUGAGACUCAUAAGAUUCUUGGUAACACUUUUGGCAUGUGUGUACUUCAGGAUUUUGAAGCCUUGACUCCAAACCUGCUGGCAAGAACUGUUGAAACAGUAGAAGGGGGUGGAAUUGUGGUGAUUCUCCUACGAACUAUGAACUCACUGAAGCAGCUCUAUACAAUGACCAUGGAUGUCCACUCUCGCUACAGAACAGAGGCACACCAGGAUGUAGUAGGAAGGUUUAAUGAAAGGUUCAUUCUGUCUCUGUCCUCUUGCAAGAAUUGCAUCGUGAUUGAUGAUCAGCUCAAUAUCUUGCCCAUCUCCUCCCACGUCGCAAACAUCACGCCCGUUCCACCGCGGUCGCAGGAGGACAAUCUCCGGCCCCAGGAUAUAGAGCUGAAAGAGCUGAAGGAAAGUCUGCAGGACACACAGCCUGUCGGAGUUCUGGUGGAUGGCUGUAAAACUCUUGAUCAGGCAAAAGCAGUUCUGAAAUUUAUUGAAGCCAUUUCUGAGAAGACCCUGAGGAGCACUGUGGCAUUAACAGCAGCCAGGGGACGGGGUAAAUCUGCUGCUUUGGGUCUGGCUAUUGCUGGAGCAGUAGCUUUUGGUUACUCCAACAUCUUUGUCACAUCUCCGAGCCCUGAUAACCUCCACACUCUCUUUGAGUUCAUAUUUAAAGGUUUUGAUGCAUUGCAGUAUCAGGAACAUCUAGAUUAUGAGAUUAUUCAGUCUUUAAACCCUGAGUUUAACAAGGCUGUUGUCAGAGUGAAUGUGUUUAAGGAGCACAGACAGACCAUUCAGUACAUACAUCCUGCUGAUUCUGUGAAACUGGGUCAAGCUGAGCUUGUUGUGAUUGAUGAAGCUGCUGCCAUCCCUCUGCCCCUGGUGAAAAAUCUGCUCGGCCCAUACCUUGUUUUCAUGGCUUCUACAAUAAAUGGAUAUGAGGGAACUGGCCGAUCGUUAUCUCUGAAGCUCAUUCAGCAGCUCCGGCAGCAGAGUGCGCAAGCCCAAGUCUCCAUGACAGCAGAGAACAAAACUACAGCUACAGCUAAGCUCACCUCAGUUCGUACAUUGCAUGAAGUCUCCCUCCAUGAGUCAAUUAGAUAUGCCCCGGGCGACCCUGUUGAGAAGUGGCUAAAUGACCUGCUGUGUUUGGACUGUCUCAGCAUCACCCGAAUUAUCUCUGGCUGCCCGCUGCCUGAGACCUGUGACUUAUACUAUGUAAAUAGAGACACACUGUUUUGUUACCACAAAGCCUCAGAAAUUUUUCUGCAGAGACUGAUGGCUCUCUAUGUGGCUUCACACUACAAGAACUCUCCCAAUGACCUCCAGAUGUUAUCCGAUGCGCCUGCCCAUCAUCUUUUUUGCCUUCUGCCCCCUGUUCCUCCGACCCAGAAUUCACUGCCAGAAGUACUUGCUGUUGUUCAGGUGUGCAUGGAGGGAGAGAUCUCUCGCCAGUCUAUCAUGAAUAGCCUUUCAAGGGGAAAGAAAGCUUCUGGUGAUCUUAUUCCCUGGACCAUUUCAGAGCAGUUCCAAGAUCCAGAUUUUGGGAGCCUCUCUGGUGGACGUGUUGUUCGAAUUGCGGUCCAUCCAGAUUACCAAGGGAUGGGUUAUGGCAGCAGAGCUCUGACUUUACUGCAGAUGUACUAUGAAGGCAAAUUCCCUUGUUUGGAAGAAAAAACAAUUCAGAAACCCAAAGAGAUUGCAACUGUAAGCAGUGAGACUGUUAGUUUGUUAGAAGAGGUCGUGACCCCUCGGAAAGACUUGCCUCCUUUGCUUCUCAAACUCAGUGAGAGACAAGCUGAGAGCUUAGACUAUCUAGGUGUAUCUUAUGGCCUAACACCAAGAUUACUGAAGUUUUGGAAGCGUGCUGGAUUUGUGCCAGUUUAUCUAAGGCAGACACCAAAUGACCUGACUGGUGAGCAUUCAUGCAUCAUGCUGAAGAUGCUGAAUGAAGAGGAUACGGAACAGGAGCCUUGGCUUAUUGCCUUCUGGAAAGAUUUUAGAAGGAGGUUCCUUUCUCUUCUUUCCUACCAGUUCAGCACAUUCUCUCCCUCAUUGGCACUGAAUAUUCUGCAGAACAAAAAUAUCAAACAGCAGUCACAACCCCCCAUCAGCCGUGCUGAGUUAGAAGCUGUUUUCAUCCCCUAUGACCUGAAGAGGUUAGAGAUGUACUCCCGCAAUAUGGUAGACUACCAUCUGAUCAUGGAUAUGGUACCUGCUGUUGCCAGGAUGUUUUUUCUCAACCAGCUGGGUGAUAUUUCUCUUUCUGCCGCCCAGUCGGCCCUUCUUCUAGGGAUUGGCCUACAGCAUAAAUCUCUGGACCAACUAGAAAAGGAGGUGGAACUGCCCAGCAGUCAACUGAUGGGCCUCUUCAACAGGAUCAUCCGCAAAGUAGUCCAGUUAUUCAACACAGUCCAGGAAAAGGCUGUGGAGGAGCAGAUGAUAGCAACAAAGGAUAUUGUAAUGGAGCCAACACUGAAAUCUUUAAAUGAUGAUCUGGAAGAAGCUGCAAAAGAAUUUGAAGAAAAGCACAAGCAAGAAGUGGGGAGGCUGAAGGAAAUUGACCUUUCACAGUAUAUUAUCCGGGGUGAUGACGAAGAAUGGAAUGAGGUGCUGAGCAAAGCAGGACAGAACGCUUCCAUCGUCAGUUUGAAAAGUGAGAAGAAGAGAAAGCUGGAAACAGUCAGAGGACCCAAGCAACAGAAGAAGUUUAAGAAGACUAGAGAUACAAAGCAGAAGUGGAAGAAAUGACUUUGAAGCCAAUCAGUGAACUUGAAUUAAUGGUUGACGGGUCUGUACUGAAGAAGUACUAUUCUCCUUUCAAAGCAAAGGACUUCCUUUGGAGUGGAGGGAGAGGGGAGGGAAAAAAGCUUUAGAGACAUUUUAAAAAGCGGUUUAUAUCAAGGGAAGUGCAGUGAUACUGCCAGGAGACAGUCUAUAGAGAUUUUUAUGAAGUGGGACUGCAGAGCUUGCAGAUGUACAUUGAGAUCUUAUAAGGGUGCUUUAGCAGCUACAGUUUCCUUUCAGUCAAAGCAGAUCAAUCUGUAAACUCUCCUGCAUCUUGCU